CCUCCCCGCCGGCUGGCCCCGCCCGGGCUCUGCUUUGCUCAUGCCAGCGCAGCGCUGCUCCCUCGGCUCCCCUGUGCCGCAUCGCCAAGCAGCCGCCGCCGUCGCCGCGAUGCUCCGCCGGGCCAGCCGCUGAAGGAUGAGCGCCGCUCCCUUCCUCCGCCUGCUGCUCCUGACGCCCCUCGCCUGGGGCCUCCUCAAGUCUUGUCCUCGAAGUCUGGAAUGUGCUUUGCUGCGCCGUGAGUUCUGCCUCCCCGGAUCGUAUUCCUGUGGCCCGUGUCUCUCUCAGUUCAUCGAGGAUGAAGACGGCCAAUGCGUCCCCAAGGCACGGACGGCCAGCGGGCGAGCCAGUGCUCCCAACCUAGAGGAAGAAGUUGAUUUAGUGGCAGAUGCACUGUCCAAACAGAAUAAUGCUCUCCAGGAUGAAACCCCAGCCCCCACAGGCAAGCACCCCAGGAUCGGUGCGUCGAAGUCAGUGUCCUCGCCAAAGGGACAGGCAAGACGCCCUCCUGCAACACCUUCCCUUCGCACAGAAGCAGUCAAAAGUACUCCACUGAAAACCUCACUCUCGUCAAAUGACGCUCUCAUACUGGGGAUGAUAGUCGUGUGUACAGCUGCAGGAAUCGCGGCUCUGGUGGUGGCAGCUGUGUGCUGGUGCAGGCUGCAAAAGGAAAUACGCCUUGCUCAGAAAGCAGACUACCCAGUUCAGAAACUCCCGGGUCCUCCAUCAUAUGACAAGAUCUCACCCGGCGAUAAGAAGUUGGCACAGAGUGCCCAGAUGUACCACUACCAGCACCAGAAACAACAGAUGCUCUCCAUGGAGAAGAAUAAAGAGGAGGCCAAAGUUCCAGAAUCUGCAUCAUCGGAUGAAGAAAACGAAGAUGGAGACUUCACCGUCUAUGAGUGCCCAGGCCUUGCUCCUACUGGCGAAAUGGAAGUGAAGAACCCUCUGUUUGACGACUCCUCGCUGCACUCCCCACCCACCAAGUUGCACCCAUGACCUCCGGCCGAGCAUGUUGUGGACUGUGCCUGCCGAGCCUAAUGUGUAGGAAUGUCCCAACCUGCCGACAUCCUCACUACCUAAAGAAAGAGUCUCCUUUGCAGCACCUCCAGAUGCCCGAAUGUGCAUCUCCCCUCCCCCCUCCCCACGCCAACAAAUGAAUCUCUGAAAUGAAUGCACAUUAUUGGCUUCUGGGGAGGGCGGGUGGGGGGGCUUCACUCUUCAGCUCUUCAUUGCUACCACUGCAACCCCCAGCUCCUCUUAGAUACAACAACCUAGCACUAUUUAGAUGAUUGGGCACGUGAAUUGGGGUGGGGGGAGGAAAUGCCUGUUUGCUGUUUUGUUGACUGGGGUGGGGGCGGAGUGUGAGAGAAGGAAGGGGAGUUCCCUGACUUUUUCACCCACCCCCAGCUCCUGCAAGGGCCCCUUGUCCUGGGGGCCAAGUCGUCUUGUCAGCCCUCAGAGCAAAAGCCUGAAAUGAGAAUCCACCCAGCAUAAAAUGCUAUAAAUCUAUUUUGAAUCCAGUGGUGUCAUCCCUCCAAUUUGUAAUAUAUAAAAAUACAUGCGGAU